AUGAGCUGGGACUACGACUCACAGGCCAAAUGUGGCGGCAGCGGGCCUGUGUCUCAUGCGCCAAGGGCAAGCGAGCUUGCAAAUAUACGUUCGGAUUAUAUCCAUGGUCCGCGCUGCCCUCUGGACCACUCCUCCCGACUUGAGGAACUGCUUGUUGCGGUUGCAAGCGUGAAGCUCGCCUUUGAGGCUGCUGCCGCUCCGACGGUGCAGGUCGUUGGCUCCCCUGCUGCCCCGGCUACUUCGCUGUUCGGCGCGUUCUUUGGUGGAUUGGUUUUUUAG